AUGGCCUUCCAACCUACUAGCGAUGGCCUCCAUCUAAUUGCAAAAUAUGUUUUGCGCUUUUGCCUUGGGAAUCUCGCAUUUUCGACAUGCGAGGCCAUUUUGGCAUGCGUUCUUCCGGCUUGGGCUGCCAAACUCCCCAGGACGAAGCUUCAGAAAGCACAGCCAGCAGUGUUGGUCAACUUGCAGACUGGGUCGGCAGGGUCCAGCUGCCCGGAAAACCAGUUCCCUGUGGUCAACCUCACUGUUGAGGGAAUCGGAUAUCACGAAGAUGUGCUUCCUGGAGCCCAAACCCAGAAGUUGCAAGAACAUUUAGCUGGUCAUCCGGAUUGGAGCAUUGGAAAGCCUUGGGUCCUGAGCCUUACGGCCAAAUCCUCGGACAUCAAGGAUCGAGAAUUUGGCUUCGCGGGUGGCGAAGGCUUUAUGGUCUUUAAGGUCCCAAGGGCUGGCCGGAAGAACAUUGUGGUCACCGGCAGCGUGGAGAGCCUGGCGGAACAUACGCGGUUGGAAUAUCGAGGCAACGAAGUGAUCACCGCACCAGGCGCCAUCAUCUUCACCAACGUUUGCCUCCGACCGAUGACUUGUGAGCACUUCCUCACCCAGAAUCCAAGCAUGUGCAAGGAUGGCCUUUGGAGUCCUAAGCCUCAUCCCGAGAAGGUCACAGGCCACACCAGGUAUGAUGUGCAGGGACAAGCAAUUCUACAACAAGGCAGUACGGACGAGGAAUGCUGUGAUCCCAUCUCAUGUUCGCAUGUGAAGUGCGAUGCGACCGAUGAGUGGGCAAGGAAUAGAAGUGCCACUGUUGGCAGCAGUUUGGAGGAUUGCUGUAUUCCCUUGUAUUGUGCGAAGCACACCUGCGAGCCGGCCUCGCAAUGGGAAAAAAAAUCCACAUGCAAUUUUGGGUAG